AUGGACUAUCCUGCCAUGAACAGCGAUAUCACCCUUCAUGAAGGGCCAUACGACAUUUCAAUCUACACGGACGGGUCUAAGAACAAGGGUAAUGUGGGUGCUGCUUUUGUUCUCAGCAAUCACCACAGUGGUGAAACUCACAGGUCAGCCUUCAGGCUGGGGCCUCACUGCUCCGUUCCCCAAGCCGAAAUUUUCGCUAUCACAAAGGCUAUCGACUACAUCUAUACAGAGUGGUUCCCUCAUAAAAUGACUAUUGCCAUCUUCUCCGACAGCAUUACUGCCAUCCGCUCCAUUACCAGCAGUAGGAAUAGGGGGAAUAAUGUCCUUCACAUCCACAGCCUUCUGUCGUUGAACACCCACAAUCACAAUGUGCAUUUCAAGUGGGUUCGUGGCCACUCGGGGGUUGCUGGCAAUGAGGCCGCUGACAGCCUUGCCAAAACCGCUGCUGCCUCUUCUCUACCUCUCAGUUAUGAAAAGAUUCCACCCUCCAAGAUUAAGCAGUGGAACUACGAACUGGCUCUUCAACAUUGGCAACAUCAAUGGGACAACGGCAACACUGGUAGAUUGACGCACAAGUUUAUUCCCAACAUCGCCAACCGCUUACAGUGGAAGCACUUUUCUCCCUCAUUUGCCAUGACUCAGCUCAUUACUGGUCAUGGCAACUUCAAUGCCUAUUUAAAACGCUUCCGUAUCCAAGAUGAGGACAUCUGCAACUGUGACGGCACCUCUAUUCAAGACAGCAUCCACUACCUCUUCGAUUGUGCAUUCUAUAACCACAACAGAGACAUUGUUAUGGGCAGCGUUCUCUACUCUGGUUUCAACUGGCCCUGCCCUCUCAAUGCGUUCCUUGAUCACAAAGAUAUUUACCACAAGCUUAUGAACUAUCUAUCGACGACAGCAGCUCUCACCCCAACCAGCAGUCAACAGUAA